AUGGCGGACGAGGAGUUAACUGAUAUCAUGAUCGAUGAGCUUGAUGAUGAUCAGGAAAACAACUCGGAGGUCUCGAAUGAAGAUUACAUUAGUCAGUUCAUUUCCGAAUGUCAUAAUGCAUACGACUAUUAUGGUGAAUCCGACGCGGAGACAGGCCUUAACGACGAAUCAUUAGAUGCACCUGAUUCUGGGGAGUCCCAGUCGUCGGUCAUCAUGAGUGAGGUGACACAAGAUGAUGGGGCAAAGAAUGUCCAAGAUACUUCCAGUGCAGAUGAUAAGAGGGAUAUGUUCAUGCAGAUAAUGAAAAUGACCUUUACGUCUCAUGAUGCUGCGUAUGAUUUCUACAACAUCUAUGCUAGAGAUAAUGGUUUCAGCAUUAGAAAGAAUAAGGUCAGACAAGGGAAACGUGACAGCAAGUUGCUAACCGAGGAAGGACACAGCCGUAGGCUCAGAGCCGAGACACACUGCUUUUGCGAAGCGCACCUGACCGUCAAGCUUGACCAAAAGCGUGGGGUUUGGUAUGUUAAAAGUUUUGAGGACAAGCAUAGCCAUAUGUUGGCAGGACCGGACGAGGUACCUUUUCUUUGGUCACAUAAAAAAAUCAAAGAGUACCAGAAGCAUGAGAUAAUGUCCAUGGGAGCUACAGGGAUUAGAAUUCACGACAUGAUGGAUUUCUUCAUCAGCAAACAUGUAUGGUACAACGGUGUUGGUUUUACCAGGCGUGAAAUAUACAUCCUUUGCGCCAAGAAGAGGAAGCUGCUUUCAAAAGGUGAUGCUGGCACAGCCAUAGGCAUCAUGGCCAGUAGGAAACAGAGGGAUCCUAGCUUCUUUUUCGAGUACAAGCUAGAUAAGGAAGGACAUUUGAAUAGGAUGUUCCGGUGCGACUCCCAGUCUCGUCAUGACUAUGAGGACUUCGACGACGUGCUUGUAGUUGACAGCACGACAAGAUGA